AUGUCAGAUCGAUACCGUUACUCUCGACCGCGCUCCCCGCCCCUCUUCAAUGUAGGCCGGACCUCUCUCCCCAUCAACAUCAGCGGCUGGGCCACCCCGUCGGUCCAGGUCCACGAGCACCUUCACGUAGUGCCCUCCUCUCGCCGCGAGGUCAUUCCGGGGCCACGAAGCAGCACAGGCUCCGUCAUCAACGGGGGCACGAUCACCACGACAUACAAGGUCAAGACCGAGCCGGCCGCGCGGGGCAGCAGCGUACGGGAGGGGAGUCGCACACGGAGAUCGACCGUCGACACCCACAGCCGGCCGACCGUCGUCACGACCACCACUCGGCACAGACCGGUGAUACACAGCAGUGGGGCCACAAGGCCGGACAGUCCGUUGAAGAAUACCUAUCGAGGAAGCGAGGAGGAGUAUGUUGCCGUGCCGGCGAUAUCGAGUUAUGGACAUUACCACACCAAGCGGUACAGUGCGACGAUGGAUAAUGCGGACAUGAGCCGCUUGGCACGAGAGAGGGAGGCAAGCAGGCUGCACGUCGUCCGAGAACCGGCGUACACCAGUACCAGAACGAGAUCCAUCUACCCCGUCGUGAGUCGACAUGCCGACACGAACUCGGACGAUUAUGGAGAGGAGGGAUACGGAUAUACGAAUCCGAGAGACUUGGUACAGUACGAUCUGAACAACAAUCCGACCGCACAUCAGAGAUCACGCAGGGAUAGUAUUGGUGAAGGACGGAGCAGCAGACCGACGAGUAUUACAGGAUAUGGCGAGAUCGUCCCGCGGUCCUACGAGACGAGGGAGCGUGGACCGCCUCCCACGACCAGAGGCCUCGAUAGGAUGAGAACACCUGUCUACGAUAUGCCAGUGGCGAGGAGACCUGGUUCGCCAAGUUUAAUGGCGCCUAUCGAGCCGGUCCAGAGACCGGCUGCCUUUGAGCCGGUCGAGCCGGUCAGGCGGACGAGCGCUUCCCGAGCGAGACCACAGUCCAUGUAUCACGAGAACCGUGAGCCUCACAGGAUGGAUUCGCGAGGAGAAGAUUACUACGAGAUUCGGAAUGACGACAGAAGAGAAAACAGAUCGCUUCGUCAUGAGAAUCCGGUCGAGCAACGAGGUUUUGGUAUCCGGGACGAAUGUCUGGAACGGACAGAGAAGAUUGAACGACCGCAAAGCCGAGCCCGGCUGGAGCGGUCUGAGCGAGGGGAGAGGAUUGAACGAUCCGAAAGCCGAGCCCGUGUGGAUCGUAUCGAGCGCGCGGACCGACCUGAGCGGACCGAUCGACCCGACCGACCUACCCGGAGUGACAGACCCGAUCAUGACACAACAGACGAAAAGGAGUACAAGGAGCGUAAAGGUCGAGAUGCUCUUGCUGCUGGUCUGAGUAUUGCCGGCGCUGCACUUGGUGUCAACGCUUUGAAGAGUGCUGCCCGCGGCGACCGAGAUGAUAGGGAAGACCGCGAGGAGCGUGAAGAGCGGAAGAGACGGGAGGAGGAGCCACGAAGGCGUAGGGAUCAGGAGGAGAGGACUCCCGUUGAGCUGGGUGGUCGACAGGACUUCCCACCGCCACCUCGGGAUAUGCCCCCUCCCCCUCCCCCUCGCGAUGCGCCUGCCCGUGAAGUCUCCCCUCCACAGGCACCUCUGACCGCUCGCGAUCCCAAGGAGCGAAAGGCGUCCCGGGAUGAGCGGGACAGGGAGCCAGAGCGUCGCGAGAGACGUCGCGCUGCUUCAGAGGCAGUUUUGAACGGUACAGCCAUCGAUUCCCGUUCCGAGAGCUCUGCCUCUGACGAAUAUCGUCCUCGCUCUCACCGUGAACCACCUGCUAGGAGCGACUCCGGCCCUGCUUCAACGCCUUUUAACCCGAAGGACACCAUGGACUUGUUCGCUCUCAAGGAGGCCUUGAAGUCCAAGGAAAAUCAAUCCACAAGCAAAGUUGCACCUGAGCCCAUCCUCAAGUCUCGCACUCCCCGCGGCUCCACCACCAAGGAUCUUCGAGAGGCCGCCGAAAUCCGCAACAACCUCAAUGAGCGCCGUCCCCGCGAACCUCUAGCCACGACGGAGAAGGACAACCGCCAGCCGCGCGUCCUCUCUCCCCCGCGCGAGAAAGCCGACGACAAGCCCGUCGUAAAAGGUAUCCUGCGUCAACCGAAAGAGAAAUUCCCCGAAGACCCCGCCCCCAUUCGGGAGGGUGUCGCUCCGCUGAAGGAUGCGAAGAAGGACGGGAUCCCGCCCGAUGCGCGGUGGACGAAGAUCAGCCGGAAGCUGGUGAACCCCGAGGCGCUGGAGGCGGGCAAGGAGCGGUUUGAAGCGAGGGAGGAUUUUGUGAUUGUGUUGAGGGUGUUGAGUCGGGAUGAGGUGCAGGGCUAUGCGGAGGUGACGCAGCGGAUUAGAUCCUCCCGUGAAGAGCUCGAGGCCAUAGAAGCCUCAGACCGCCGCCGUGCCCGCCGGGAAAGGCAUGAACGCCACAAGCGGGAGCGCAACGGAGAGAUUCCUCGUUCGGAGCGCGGGGAACGUCGAUAUCGAAGACGUGGCGAUGAACGCGAACGCAGACGUGAGUCGGACUCCGGGUCCGACAGCACGGAGGACGACGAAAUUUACGAGAGGGAGAGGCCGAAGAUGCUAGAGGCGCCGCAGAAGAGGGCAACUUUCAAUGAUGCGCUUAUGAGCGGUGGAUUGGGAGAGAUGCGGGAGGAGGGAGAAGUGAGAGGAUUUGAGUCGGCGGAGAUUCCAGGGGAGGUUAGGGAUCGGCUUGGACGAGGGGAUGAACGGGAAAGGGAUUUUGGUGACGGAGAAGCUGUAUGA